UUCCGGUUGCGUUUUGCCUCUGUGCGAGAUUUUUUGGGUUUAGCAGUAUCGUCGCGUAGUGCCUGUGUUAUCCUAUUUCAUCGGUCGCUAUUCUCAAUCGUAAUUGCAAUUUGCAGAUCUAUAUCUCCGAGGGAUAUAUUUUGUUUGUCGUAUGUCCAUCCAGAAUCUUAACACAUUCGACCCCUUUGCAGAUGCAAUCAAGGGUUCAGAUGAUGAUGUCCAAGACGGUCUCGUGCAUAUAAGAAUUCAACAGCGGAAUGGUCGUAAGACCCUAACCACGGUGCAAGGGCUCUCUUCGGAAUAUGACUUGAAAAAAAUUGUACGGGCAUGUAAAAAGGAGUUCGCCUGCAAUGGGACAGUAAUCGAGCACCCGGAGUACGGGGAGGUGCUGCAGCUGCAGGGGGACCAGCGAGAGAAUAUAUGCCAGUGGCUAACGAAAUCCGGUCUGGCGAAGCCUGACCAGCUUAAGGUACAUGGUUUUUAACAAACCAGCCACCCAUGCCACUACCUAAGAAAACUCGACUACCACCACCAUCGCCGCCAGCAACACCUCGUCAUCUUAAAUUAUCUGUAUCAGUCGCUACUACUUGUUGAUACUUCGUGGGAUAUCCUAUUAUAUACGAAUAUAUAUUUCAAUAAAAAGAUAUAUAACAGUAUACCGUAUAGGCAUACGAAUCAAACGUUUUUGUAAUAUUAUAGGAAGCAAUAUUUUUCAGCCUUAUGUUAGGUAAUCCGCUAAACUCUUUUAUCACAUAUUAAAUAUAAUUGUAGAAGAAUUUGAAAAUAAUUAUUAAUACGGAAGAUAGGUACAGAUACUGAUAGAGCGCAACGGAUGGAUUAUUGUUUUGGUACUAGGUAAUAUGUAUCUGGGUGCAAUUGACGUGUUCAGAGAGGAUGCGGAUUCUCGUUUUAGGUGUCAGAUUGGAUUCUCAUGUAACUCAGUUUAUUUUUUAUUGUUUUUUCUUAUUUUUUUUCUUCUCUGUAUACAGUAAGGACAACAAACUAUUAGUUUGUGCUUGAUGAUGUCAGUUGUUUUCAAUUUUCGUGCCUUUGAUUCCAUAGUGAUUGUAUUAUUUAUUAAAAUAUAAUAUUUUAAUCAAUAAUCUACAGCCGUUGAGUUUACUCACACUUAUUAUUUUAGUUUCCAACAUUGUACAAUUUUUUUUUUUUUUUUUUUUUCUUUCUUUAUUUAUAUAUACUGUAUCGAGUAUCAUUACAAAUCAAGUUAAUAAAAUGAUCAAUUAAAAAAAAAAAAACAAAUGAAAAUAUUAAAAAAUGCAGUAUUGAGUAUUGACACUGGAAUUGUUUGAAUAAAAUUGUGGAUGUUCUAGAUAAAUAAAUGAUAAUUGAAUAGUU